GUGGAGGAGAACGCGAAGGCUGCCAUCGACGCGCGCGGACACUUCGCGCUCGCCGUCCCGGGCGGCUCCGUCGCGAAGGCGCUCGCGGGGUUGAAAGACGCGAAGGGCAUCGACUGGGAGAAGGUGCACGUCUUCUUCGUGAACGAGCGCGUCCCGGACGGGAAGUGCUUCAAGCUCGCGUGCGAGACGUGGGCGUCGGACGUGCCCAUCCCGCCCGAAAACGUCCACGCGUGCGUCCACGGCGGCGCCGUCGCGGAGGAGGCGGCCGCGUACGAGGCGGCGCUCCGCGCGCUCGGGCCCGACGUCGUCCCCAUCGACGAGGUGAACGGUCUCCCGGUGUUAGACCUCGUCCUCCUCGGCAUGGGCGCGGACGGACACGUCGGGAGCAUCUACCCGGGGUCGGACGCGUUAGCGGACGAAUCCGGCGCCGCGAUCCUCGGCGUGGACAUGCCGACGAAGAGAAGCGUGACGAUGUCUAUGGGGUUGAUCAACACCGCGGAGAGGGUCGUCGUCGCCGCGAGCGGCGUCGGGAAGGCGGAGACGGUGCGGAGGGCGCUGGAGGAGGACGACGAGAUGCUGCCCGUGAGCUCCGUGGACGCGUUUUCGACCAUCUGGUUCUUGGACCUCGGCGCCGCG